AUGUUCUCCAAUCGCCUCUCCGAACCGGGUCCAUCGGCGAGUGAACUCCUCGAAGCGUCGAAGAAACUCUAUGUGAAAACGGCUAUCCUCAGACAUACGAAGCUUGCUGCUGACAAGCCACGAAUGUUUAUCUCAAGCCAGGAGGAGAGCGAUUUAACCGCCGCCAUCACUAGACCUCCAGUCUGUUUCGCUCCUUUACCCUCCACCUACAAUCCCCUUUCAUCUCCUUCAACAACAAGUGCUUUCAAGCGUGUGACCGUCCGUUUCCCCACUCAACCGCCCCCGCUGCCGCCAAAAAGCGAUCUCGUUCGAGAAAGGAGUAAACGUCACUCUUCCACGCAUCGCACGUUGAUUUCACUCCGUUCAUUGCCCGAUUGCUCUCAAUUGGGAGACGAAUUUGAGUCGAGUUUCAAAGAGUUUGAGACACCGAAAUUUCACAAGAAACCCAUACCGAAGCCGAGAUUGAGUAGAAUGGCUCCAUUGAACACCGAACUCACGACGACCACCGUUGCCCCAGUGCCACUUCCUAGAAGAAAAACCUCGACUUCAACAGAAGAAAAAGUCGAUUUCAAUAAUUGCCAACGCUUUUUCUCACCCCUUCGCACCGACGGCCCAAUGGUGACGAGCAAGAGGAAUAUUGCCAAAUCCAGUCCAAAUCUCGUGGCUGACGGUCGACCAAUCACCGGGAUUCGCCGAAGAAUCCUCGCCGCUCAGGGGAGAUCUGUCACCCCACUUGUUCAGAUUAAUCAAGAGCCAAAAAUGGACCAAUAUGCUGAGGAGAAAGAUUUUCUGACCGCUGCCAUGCAUGACAUCGAAUUCGGAGAUGAUGAUGAUCUUGAAAAUGAGCAACCCGAAAUGUUCGUGCGUUUCGGCCGAGGCAACAGCUACGCCACCACUAGCUUUGAGACCCCGAUUUUGGUAUCCGCAUCCUCACCCAGCUAUUCCCCGCCAACCGCUUCGCAAUCUCAAUCGUCGAAUUUGAUCUCUCCAUCCUUGAUGUCUCCCUCAUCACCAAAUUCAGCUGAAAGUGGCUCGAAAUCGACGAAAUCUCUCUCAACCCCUACCAGCAAAGAUUCAGGAUUCCCACAUUCAGAUGCCGAAGAAGAGCAUUCAAAACGCCAAGGCACCUCGAAAUCCGAUGAUGACGGCUUUUUUGACACCAGCGGUGAGAGAAAAACCGAUGGAGAGGCGAGUGAGGGCGACAGUAUCUUCACUUCAGUCACAAAUCAGCCAAAGAGAGACGAUGUAAAUGAAGAGCAAAAUGAGGAAAAUCGUGGUAAACCGAUCUCGGAAUUGGAGAGAAAAGCGCGUGUGAUGCGUUGGAUUAACGAGGCUGCGACAACGCAAAUC